AUGAUUACCACAAAUAUACUAGAAGAAUCAUUAAGUUUUGGACCAUUACCAACAAGUUUAAUGAUAGCUGAACCAGCAUAUUUAAUUGCACAGACAACAACUGAUCGAUUAUCUGAAUUGCCAACAAUCUAUGCUGAUCCAAAACGUCUAUCCGAUCCAAUACGUCUUAUUGAAUGGAUUUGUAAUGUACGCUGUGCUAGAUAUCCAGCUGAACAAAAUAUGGAAUUAAUCUAUUCAAAUCAAUUAGGUCAAUCAUUCUAUAGAACAACACGUAGAAUUGAAGCUGGUGAAGAAUUAUUAAUUUGGUUUCGACGACAAGAUUUACAACCAUUAGUAAUGAAAUAUUUAAAUAAUUUGCAUAUAUCAGAAGCAUGGAUAGGACAAUCAUUGAAAUCGAUGGAUUUAUUACAGAAAAACUAUGAAGAAUGUGAUCAGUCUUUAAAUACAGAUAAUUACAAAUUCAAAUGUUCCAAAUGUCAUGAACAAUUCAUCUACAUCUAUCCAUAUAUAUCACAUUGUUUAUUUAAAUGUUGUCAAAAACAAACCACCAUUCAACAUGUUCAAUGGAUCAAUCCUCCUUAUUCAACCAUUGCAUCUAGUGAAUUCCCAAUUGAAUUAACCAAUAAAUAUACAAAUCAACAAAACAUGAAUUUUUCAAUGUUCAAUAAUUUAAAUACUUCACAAUUUAAUCAAAAUCAAUUCGAAAAUAUUGAGAAUAUGAUGACAUUGAAAAAUGAUGUAACACAAUUCACUACUGAAAAUCUAUCACAUCAAACUGAUGAGACCAGAAUACAAACAUUAGAAAAAUUCCAAUGUAAGCCAAAUGAAAAUAAUAAAACCAAUGAACUGCCAUCAAUGAAACAUUUCAAUGAAGCAUUACAGAGAAAGCAUUUACCGAAAAUUCAUUCGAAUAAUAAUAAAAUUUCUAGAAAUAUGAAAGUAUUAAAACACAGCACUAAUACCAUUCACCACCACACAGAUAAUAAUAAUAAUAAUAAUAAUAAUAGUUUGUAUAAAAAGUCAAAAACUACACUGUUACCAUUGAAAUCACGUAAUCCAUUAGUUGAACAACUAUUACAAACAUUGUUAUUACAAAAAACUAAUCCAUUGGACAUUGACAAUAAGUUAACGAAUACAAAUGCAAACGCAACAACAACAACAUUGUCAUCAAAAAAAUCAAUAUCACCUGCAUUAAUCAGUAGUAGUUUAUCACUGGCACAAAAUUGGUGUGCACGUUGUUUUGUUACAUUUCGUUUAACUAGUGAUUUAGUACAUCAUAUGCGUACAUGUCAUAAUCAAACUGGUGGUAAACAAUGGAAUUGUAAAGAUCGAUCUAGUUCACUGCAUAAACCAAUGUCGACAAAUGAUUUAGGAGAGAUAAAGAAAAAUCAGCUACCGAAUGAUAAUGAGAAUGAUAGUGAUGUUGUUGAUCAUCAUAUAGGAGGUAUGUUACAGUCGAUUGAUGAACAAACUUGCCUAUCAUCUUCAUCAUCAAUGAUAGCCACAGUUGGAAUAUCCACAACAUCAUCGUCAACAUCAUCCUCAUCACCACAGAUAACAACAACAACAACAACAACAACGGCAAUGUCUGGUUGUUCACUUUUGAAUAAAUCGAUUUGUUCACUUUGUGGUGAACAGUUUAAAGAAAGACAUCAUUUAACUAGACAUAUGCUUUCACAUACAUAG